AGUGACAAGCUGGGGGAAAUGACACUGUCUAGUAGUUGGAGGUCAGCCAGCCCCUUGCGUUAUUCUCAAACCCUAACCACAUGGCUGGACAUUCCUGAUAUGCAUUCCUAAACCUCUGCUGCUGAGAAUAAUUGGACCUGCCAUCUAUUCCCAGUUUAACUACCCUGUAUACCAAACAAAUCCAAUUCGAGCCAACAGGCAAAGUUUAGGCUCAGACAGAGUCCAUCCUGUGUACGAGGUGGUGAGCAGUGGUGGAAAAUCUCACUGUGACUCAUCCAGCUGAUUUCUGGAGCACAGUAGCUGAUGCCCCUCACUUGACACCUGUGUUGGCCCUGGCAUCAUGGACAAUAGAAACACCCAGAUGUACACAGAGGGUAGAAUCAAGGUUCCAGGGACCCAGCCAAGCCCUGGCCUGAGGAUCACCAUAAAGCGGGCUGGUGUUGAGCCCACCAUACCAGGAGUCAGCCAGGUCAUGUUUCCAGAUGCUUCGGAAGUGGGCAGCAGGAAGCAGCUCUCAUCAGCUUCAGGAGGGCCAGAGAAGGGGCCCAGAUACAGAGACACAUUCAAGGAGGGGCCUUCAGAGCUCAGGACACAGGAGCAGAGGCCUCCAGCAAAACCAGGGAAGAAGCAGUCCUCUUGGGUCCCCCAGGAAGGGUCCCAGGAGCUGCAAGCAGGCCAGGAUCAGAGUGAGCUAGGGUUGCUGCCUUCCUGGGUUCCUGAAGGACCUGAAGGGCUACAGCAGCUGGGCUCCGGAAAGGAGAUCGAGGGCCAGCAGAGGAGGCAACGGAACCGAGGAACCGGGGAGGAUGAGCCUCCUGAGAGCUGCCAGGGCCCCGGGUAUCAAUGCACCCUCGGUCACCAGGCAGACAUGGUGCAGCCAGCAGAGCCUUGCUGCCCCUUGGUCGGCCGUGGCCAGCCACUGGGAGACAAGCGCCCCAAGGAGGCAGAUGUCUCACACAUCAGGCCACAGGAGGCUCCGCCGGAGCCCAGCCCAGGGGGACAUGGGGACAGCUCUCAGGAAGCAAUGCCCCCAACGUCCACGGUGGCUGCAGAGGAAAAGACAGCUAGCUCCUUCCUGCCAUCCACGCCUGGACCUACAAAAACAAAAGGAGGGGGUGAGGCUGUGGAGACCCAGCCAGCACCGGGGCCUCUUCCUCCACCAGAGGUGAGGGACAUUGGAGAGAGGCGGGAGCCGGACCGUGUGCAGCAGCAGCCUCAGAAGCCCGUGGUGGCUGCAGGGACACAGAACCUCAGGAAAUUCCGGCAGGGCUUCAUGAAGUGCUUGCUGGAGGUGGAGAAGGUGGAAGCCUCCCAUCGGAGAGCCUUGAAGGCCCGGUCCCUGACAGCCCAGAAGUCCCCUAGGACCCUGACCCCAGUGCCCACCUCAUCCCCAAGCCUGCCUCAGACCCCUGCCUUGGCCCCUGCCAGUGGCCCAUCGUGGGCCAGGCUGUCAGCUCCUGGGCCAGAGCCUGCCCCCGUGGGAGCCCCGGUCCCCACCUCCACGCCUUGCCCUGUCCUGCUGUGCCCUGCCCUGGACCUGGGCUGGAGAAGGAUGGAGCUCUCGCACCACAGCAGCGAGAGAACCCUGAGCUACGCCAAGGCACGGCAGGAGCCGGAAGAGCAGAGCCUCCAAAAGCUGUAUCAAAACCGGGAAAAGUCCGAGGAGCAACUGACCCUGAAGCAAGAGGAAGCCUUCCGCAGCUACUUUGAGAUCUUCAAUGGCCCUGGUGAGGUGGAUGCACAGAGCCUGAAGAACAUCCUGCUCCUAAUGGGCUUCUCUGUGACGCCGGCCCAGGUGGAGGACGCCCUGAUGAGUGCUGAUGUCAAUGGAGAUGGUCAUGUGGAUUUCAAAGACUUCUUGGCUGUGAUGACAGACACCAGGCGCUUCUUCUGCUCUGUGGAACAGAACGCCCUGACGGACAUGGCUCCCCACAACCCCCACACUCUACUCUUUGAGAUCCUGUCCCUGCUGGUAGAGAUGCUGGCCUUACCAGAGGCAGUCUUAGAGGAAAUCACAAACUACUACCAGAAAAAGCUGAAGGCAGGCACCUGCAAGGCCCAGGAGAUGGAAGCGGCCAUAGGCCGGCUGCGGUUGCAGAAGAAGCUUCCCUAUAACCCCCAGCAAGAAGAGAGCUCAGAAGUCCCAGAACGAAAGGUCCUCAGUAUCCUCAGCCGGCUGAAGCAGCAGAACUAUGCUCCCAACCUGCAGAGCCCCUAUGCCCAGGUGCCCUGCAUCCCGCUCUGCCCACGGAUGGACAAGAAGAUGGUCCACAGGAAGCCAACCAACCACUACGUGCAAGACCAGUGCACAACCCCUGGCCUGGAUCCUGACAUCCGUAGCCCCUUCUUCCAGUCACGAUCUCAAGGAAACAGGGAACACAACUCUGACAGCAGAAAGUGGCCCAGCUCUGUGCCUUCUCGAACCCACUGACCCUCUGGAGGCCUGACUCUGGACAGUUGCUCAAGGCCUGCAGACAGAUGGGCCACCAGACAGGAGCUGCUGCUGGAAUUUGCUUUUGUGGCCUGGUAAGCUAAUAAACACCAAUAACUUCA